AGCGAGAUGUUAGAGCAUCACCAACACUAAGCCCAGCACGAUGAGAGACGCUUCUCACCAUAAACAUGUGUGACGGGUUUUAGAGGUUCGACUUCGGCAAACCUCUGUGCGAUGAGAUAAAGGCGGUUGCGUGAACAUUUGCGUGAGAAGAACUCAAGAACGCGCGCUUCACAGGCACAUCUCAGCGCAGAUUAUUAAACCAUUAUACUGCCUCAGAAAUCUGUCUGAAAUCAAUUUUGUGAGGUACCGUCAUGCACAAAUGCUGCCUGCAUCAGCUCCUGUUUUCUACAGCUUGUGCCCUCUGCUGCUGAUGUGAAAGAUGAGUUUGUGUGGCAGGAAGGCACUGACACUCCUCAGCAGUGUGUUUGCUGUGUGCAGUCUGGGACUGCUGGGUAUUGCCGUCAGCACUGACUACUGGCUCUACCUGGAGGAGGGGGUCAUCUUGCCUCUCAAUCAGAGCACUGAAAUCCGUAUGUCUCUCCAUUCAGGGCUCUGGAGGGUCUGUUUUCUUGCAGAGUCACCAGCUCCAGCGUUACCAACUGGUAAAUCAGGAGAGGAGAAGGGGCGUUGCUUUACUAUAGAGUAUGUAAUGCCCAUGAAUGUUCAGAUGACGUCAGAGUCUACGGCCAGUGUUCUGAAAAUGAUUCGCUCUGCUACUCCUUUCCCACUGGUUAGUCUAUUCUUCAUGUUCAUUGGCUUUGUGCUGAGUAAUAUUGGACACAUCCGCCCUCAACGCACUAUUCUUGCCUUCAUCUCUGGAAUCUUCUUUAUCCUGUCAGGUCUGUCCCUGGUGGUGGGCCUGGUCUUGUAUAUAUCUAGUAUUAACGAUGAGAUGCUAAACAGAACAAAAACAAAUGAAGCCUAUUUCAGUUAUAAAUAUGGCUGGUCUUUUGCUUUUGCUGCAGUCUCCUUCCUGCUUACUGAGGCAGCAGGUGUAAUGUCUGUCUACCUGUUUAUGAAGCGGUACACUGCAGAGGAGAUGUACAGGCCACACCCGGGUUUCUACCGACCUCGCCUCAGCAACUGUUCCGACUAUUCUGGUCAGUUCCUGCAUCCAGAUGCCUGGGCUCGUGGACGCAGCCCCUCAGACAUCUCUAGUGAAGCAUCCCUCCAAAUGAAUUCAAACUAUCCUGCUCUCCUCAAGUGUCCUGAUUAUGAUCAGAUGUCAUCAUCGCCCUGUUGAGAUUGCAAAUACACAUUAGUGAAAUAUGAGAAGGACAGAGCUCUAGCUAGUUCUUAUAGAUGCUGUACUGGAAUGGCUUUGGCACCAGAAAUCGUGUUGUGUUUGGAUAGAGGAUAAACAUAAUUAGCUUGUCUUUGAGAGCCUUCAGUACUAAUGCAGUGAUUCUGAGUUUAAUACAUCAGCUGAUGGUAUCAUUUUCUAUGUUUUUUGUAGUGUACCACACAGAUGUGUAGCUAAUAGUCCCUCUGCCUUUUUCGUAAAAGUCAGAAUUUUUUUUAGAGUAAUUUCAUUCAAACAGUUUUUAUUUUUUUUAUUUUAUUUGUUUAUUAUUAUUAUUUUUGUAAAAUUUUAAACAAAACUGCAGCUUUAAUUAAAAACAGAUGUAUGUUUUUAUAGAAAAAUAGAGAACUAGAAAUUAUGGUAUAAAAUAAUUAUUUAAAUGAUAAUAUUGACUGAUUAAUCACUGCCAUUAAAGCACAUACUCAGUAAGAAGAUACAAGUUAACGUGACAUAACAUUAAUCUGGUUUCUGCCCUUAUGCACUUUAAGUAAAUAACCAUAACAGAGCUUAAAUAUACUGAUAUUUCAUAUUAUUGUUAAGUGUUGUAGUGUCACUGGUGAGACUAGCUGUGGUCUUUUGAUUAAGAGACUUUUUGUGUUAAUAUUAUUGUAGUUUAAUUUAUUUAUUUAUUCAUUCAUUCAUUCAUUCAUUCAUUUUUGUUGUUAUUUUCUAGAACUAUACAUUCUGAUCUAAUCAGAAGAUCAACACAUCAGUGAUGCAGUUUUUUUUUUUUUUUUUUUUUUUUUUUUUUUACAAGAAAAAGAUUCUCUUAUUAUUGAUCAUUUCACUAUGUGUAUAUAUACAGUAGAAAACAAAUAAACAUGUAAAGAAAAUUCUAUGUAUGUUUUAUAACCAAUUUCUCAACUGUCUGUAUAUAAUCCAUAGAUUGGUUUUGUUUGUUGAUUUGAUACAAAUUAUGUAGACUAAUUUCAAUUUCCCCGCUUGACAAAAUGAUAAAGCAGCAGUAUUUUGUUGCCUUAUAGUUGACCCAUGAAACUCUUACAGGCUUCAAAAUAAUUUGUCAUUAUGCACAUACCAUUGAAUGCUAGGUGGAUUGUCUGAUAAUCAAAAGGGACUUACAAAUAAAUCUAAAAAUAAGAACAUCAUUUUUUACUCAGUUAUUUUUCCUACAACAUAUUUGUACAUAUUUGUUUAGAAAUAGAUUAAAUAUGUACAUAUGUUAAAGAGACUUGAUGUCAACCUAUAUUAUCCUGUAGCCACUGCAUUGAAAGUGUGUAUAAUGCAAAAUAUAUUAAAUGAUUGAUUUUACACAUUACAGAGUUUUUAACAAUUCUUCAAAUUAAUUUUUGAAUUAAAAUCUGCCCAAAACAGUAUUGUUGCCUUACCCGAAAUCACUGUGCUAAUCCCACAAUAAUGAUACAUUUUCUAGCAAAUAUUUUACUUACUUGCUCAGGCAAUAUAUUUUUUGAAACCAUCAGAUUCACCCACGCAGAAGAGCAGUGCUUAACCAAAACUAAUAAAGACUAAAGCUUGUUUCACAAGAGAAACUUGCAAUUUUAUGCUUUAACCUCAGAUGGAGACAGGAAUUCCAAAAAUCUAUAGUGUACCCUAAUCUGCUUUUAAAAUUGUAGAAAUUGUAUGUACAGAAUGGGUAUUUUGUAUAUAUUAUAAAGCUCACA